AUGCAGGGAUCAUCACCAUCACGACUCAGAGGUCCUGAAGCCGGACAUGCCAAUGUCUCUCGGCCGAAUGCACAACAGUCGAGGCACCAAGAUCUGCCCCCAGACGUGUAUCCCGAGCCCCACGAUGCAUCACCGCCGCACAACGAAAAGGGCGCUGUUCCCGUAGCCAUAGCCCCCGGCGAAGCAGUGCCGCCGUCCGAAGCUCCGUACGUCGACCCGGAUGAUUUUGACGAGGGUGGCGCCGCAGCGUGGACGGCCGUCUUCGGAGCAUGGUGUACCCUCUUCUGCACCUUUGGGCUCGGCAACAGCGUCGGCGUGUUCCAGGCCUACUAUGUCGACGAUGCCCUCAAAGAGUAUCCGUCAUCGACCAUUUCACCCUGGCCUUGGUCUUGGCUCACAGCGCAGUUCGGCCGCGUCUACGACCGCUUCGGCCCCAAGUGGAUCGUCGUCGGCGGCACCCUGACCUACGUCUUCGGCAUGAUGAUGGUCUCGCUGUCGACCGAGUUCUGGCAUUUCUUUCUUGCCAUGAGCAUCGUGGCCCCCAUUGGCUCGAGCGCUGCCGCCAGCGCCAGCAUGUCCGCGACCCUGUCCUGGUUCCGCAAGAAGCGCGCCACGGCCUUUGGCAUCAUGAUGUCCGGCUCCUCCGUCGGCGGCGUCGUCCUGCCUAUCAUGAUCUCACGCAUGAUUGACCGUGUCGGCUUCCCCUGGACCAUUCGCGCCGUGGCCUUUCUAUUCCUCGGCCUCAUGGGCGUUUCGUGCUACACCGUGCGGUCGCGCUUACAGCCUGAACCGAGGCCGCUUGUUUUGAGGGAGUAUGUGCAGGGAUUGAGAGAGCCGGCCAUGGCUUUCACCGUGUUUGGCAUGUUUCUCUUCUUCUGGGGCAUGUUUUUGCCGUUCAACUUUAUCAUCCUGCAGGCCAAGGCACAGGGCAUGAGUCCUGGGUUGGUUAUUUACCUCAUCCCUAUCAUGCACGCUGUGAGCAUCGUUGGGCGCAUCAUCCCCGGUAUCCUCGCCGACAAGUUCGGCCGUUACAACGUCAUGAUUUGCAUCGUCACCCUCGCCGCCGUCUUUACCCUCUCCAUCUGGAUCCCCAGCAAGACAAAUACAGCCAUCAUUGUCUUCACAAUCCUCUUCGGCUUCUCCUCCGGCAGCUUCACCUCACUCGCGCCGACGCUCGUCGCGCAAAUCUCGGAUAUACGGCAGAUUGGCAUACGCACCGGCACUGCGUUUGCUGUCCAGUCUUUCGGCGCCCUGACGGGGAGUCCCAUCGCCAGCGCCAUCGUCGAGUCCCAGGGAGGCAGGUAUCUGGGUCUGCAGCUGUUCUGCGGCCUCGCCAUGCUCGCGUCUGCGGUCGUCUUCUUCUUUGCGAGACAUGUGCAAGUCGGACUACGCUUGAACAAAAUAUGA